CCAGGUUCAGCAACAGGAGGUCAGGUAAACAGGAGAAGACAGAAGAAUGGUCAAGACAAGCCAGGGGUCAGGGAGGGAGAUGGUCACGGCAAUCCGGGUCAGGCUGUGGGGGGGGGGGUCGGCAACAAAGGCAAUCUCUCUUGAACAACGAACAGGAACAGCAGGAGUAAGACCAUACGGCAACUUGAGCACUGCAAAGGUCUGUUUAAAUAGGGCGCCCUGCGCCGUCAUUGGUGCCCGGUGCACACCCGUGUGCGCGACUGCAACUGCCGCUGCGGGCGCCUGGGUUCCAGUGCCCGCAUGUUGCUGCGCCUAGGUAAUUCGCGCCUGCGCAGUCCCGUGCGCCACGGCGGAACCCGGGAUUCCUGA